UAUGGCCCAACGCUUUUCCCCAUGGCCGCUGGUUCUUCAGCAGGUAUCAGCAUUAUCAUGCUGAAGCUCAGACAUGUUACCAAAUCUAGGGUUUUUCUCUCCCCAAUCUUCAUCGUCAACGAUCACACCUUCCUCCUCUCAUCAAUCUCCUCUUUCUCCUUCUCUUCUUGGUCUUCUACAUCUUCUGCGGCCCAUCCGUUCUUGCCGCCGGCCGCACCACCGGCGCAGAUCAAUUUUCGAGCGAAGGACGUUGCGCGAUCGUUCAAAGAAUGGUUCAAAGGCCAGAACAACGCGUUGAUGGAUCGAAUUUACUCGAUAUUGGGCGAUCACGACGAGAACGACCCGUCGUCGCGGAACGCCGCCGAUGCGGCACUCUCCGACCUCUGCCUUCCGCUCUCCGAGCGCUUUGUAUUGGAUGUCUUGAACUACGGCAAGGACGUGCUGUCGUGUCUGAAGUUCUUCGACUGGGCCGGGAGGCAAGCAGGGUUUUACCACACCCGCGCAACCUUCAGCGCCAUCUUCAAGAUUAUGUUGCGCGCGAAGCUCAUGUCUCUCAUGCUGGACUUUCUGGAGAAUAUCAUGAAGCGAAGUUAUGUUUACAAGGUCAGAUUCUACAACGUUCUUGUCAUGGGAUACGCAGUUGCGGGGAAGCCCGAGAUCGCCCUCCAGCUGUUCGGCAAAAUGCGGUUUCAUGGUCUUGACUUGGAUGAUUUUGCGUAUCAUGUUCUUUUGAAUGCUUUGGUGGAGGAGAACUGUUUUGAUGCUGUCCAGGUCGUGUCGAAGCAAAUCUCCAUGAGGGGGUUGGAGAGUGAGAUCACGCACUCCAUAUUAGUGAAGAGCUUUUGCAAGCAGAACCGAUUGGAAGAGGCAGAAGAGUUUCUUCGCAGCUUGGUCCGUGACGGGCGUGUUUUGAGCGGAUAUAUGGUUGGUCAUAUGGUUGGUGCGCUUUGUAAAAGCCGGAUGUUUGACAAGGCUAGUUGCUUGGUUGAGGAGUUCCAUGAGCUGAGAAAUGUUCAGAUGAAGCAUGCUUACAGUGUGAUGAUCAAGGAACUUGUUAGGGCUGGCAAGGUUGAUGUGGCAUUGGAAUUCUUGCAGGGCAAGAUGGCUUUGGAGGGGUAUGUUCCUGAUGUGUUUCGUUAUAAUAUUUUGAUCUACAGGCUUUUAAAGGAGAACCGGCUUGAGGAGGUCUAUGAUUUGCUGAUGGAAAUGAAGGAGGGUCAGAUAGCACCUGAUAAGGCGACCAUAAAUGCCGCAUUGUGCUUUUUUUGCAAGGCUGGAAUGAUGGAUGUUGCGCUUGAGUUGUACAACUCGAGGUCAGAGUUUCAGUUUUCUCCCAAUCGCAUGGCUUACAACCAUCUAAUAAAAACCCUUUGUGGGGAUGAUGCUGAUGAAGCAUAUCAUGUUUUAAGGAACUCCAUUGACCAAGGUUAUUUCCUUGGUAGGAAGACCUUCUCAAUUCUUGCGGAUGCCCUCUGCAGAGAGGGAAAGCUUGAUAAGAUGAAGGAACUGAUUCUUGUAGCUUUGGAACAAAAUUUCAUGCCUAGUACUUCAACAUAUGACAAGUUUAUUUCAGCUCUCUGUAGAGCCAGGAGGGUAGAAGAUGGUUAUCUCAUACACAGAGAACUCAAUAGAGUUACGCAAUUUGGCUCUAAAAAUACAUACUCUAACUUAAUAUAUGGUUUAAGUAAGUUGAAUAGGGGGGGUAUUGCUAUUGGACUUCUCAUUGAAAUGCAAGAGAAAGGCCACACCCCAACUCGGAAAUUGUUGAGAGCAGUUGUUAAAUGUCUAUUUGAAAUGGAUGUUUCACAUUUGCAAUUUUUCAAGUUUCUGGAGAUGCUGUUGUCUUGUCAUGAAAAUAAAUGUCAGGUUUAUGACUUCUUCAUUGAUGGAGCUGGAGACGCCAAAAAACCUGAGCUUGCCAGAGAAGUAUUUGAGAUGAUGCAGAGAAGUGAGCUUGUGCCCAAUUUGAGUUCUGAUAUUUUGAUGUUGCAGGCUUACCUAAAGAACAGAAGAAUCUCUGAAGCCCUAAAUUUUUUUAGGGACUUGCGCAAUAGGAGAGAGAUUCACAGAAAAUUGUACCAUGCCAUGAUUGUCGGUCUAUGCAAAGCCAACAACCCACAUAUUGCAUUGGAAAUCCUGAGAGAAAUGCGGGUGAAUGGAGUGACGCCUAGUCUUCAGUGUUAUGAGGAACUUGUGCUGUCAUUGUGCUUGUGCAAAAGGUAUGAUGCGGUGGUAAAUAUUGUCUAUGAUUUAGAGGGAACUAGGCAUCAUAUUUCAUCCUUCAUUGGCAACGUACUUUUGUUGCAUUCAUUGAAGAGUAAAGAGCUGUAUGAGGCGUGGGUCUGUUCAAGAGGUGCACAUGAUGAGACAUCUUCUCGUUGUUCAAUUCUUGGCCAGCUAAUUGGUGCAUUUUCUGGUCGUAUGACAAUCAACCAAAAUAUUGAGGGCUUGGAAGAAGUGAUAAACCAGUGCUUCCCACUUGAUCUUUAUACUUACAACAUGUUGUUGAGAAGACUAACCAAAACCCAAAUGGACUCUGCUUGUGAAUUAUUCAGUAGGUUGCAGCAAAAAGGUUAUGAACCCAAUCGAUGGACAUAUGAUAUAUUAGCUCAGGGUUUUUUCAAACAGGGUAGGGUAGCUGAGGCUAAGAGAUGGGUAGAAGAGAUGUUCAGGAAAGGGUUUGAUCCAACUGAAAAAAUUAAACUGUUGAUUUAACAGAGUUUUUGUAAUAAAUGCAGAUAUAAAUGGAACAAGCGAAAGACGUGAAACAUCCACAGAAGCUUUGAAAGGGCAAAAGAAAUUAACCUCCUCUGAAGUUUGACAAAAAGAUAAUUCCCUAAGGUUUGUUAAAGAGACAAACCUCCCCUCGUAUUUUGCAAAAAAAAAACUAAUUUUUGGAGGGGAGGUUUGUGGCAUUUUUGAAACCUCAGGGAGGAGCCUAAACUGAUUAUUCCUCUUACAAUUGCCUUCCCUUGUUUCUAUCGUCGUUGCAUGCUAUGGAAGCCUCGAAGCUCAGAACUCUCUCUCGUCAAAGAGCAUGGAAGCCUCCCAGCUGACUUCCCUUGAUAUCUCUCUCCUCGUGGUCCUUCAAAGCGUCAUGACUUUGCCCCGUUGAAGCACUACUUCUGAGCCUCAAGCAGGAGUUUAGUCAGAGCCAUAGAGCCAUUCGCAACCCCUCCCUUCUCCUCGAAGCUCUUUCCUUCAAUCCUUGGAAGCUUUGCAGCCUUUCAUCCGAGCCCUUGAGUGACUCACGAUCCCUUCCUCUACAAUGAACCUCUCUCUCUCAACCUCAAACCUCUCUUCUUGUCUGGUAGCCUAUUUCAGUUCCUGUGUGCUCCUCUCCGCAACAUGCAUUGCAAUGGCAGGCUGGCCAUCUUCAUUGAGAGGAAGUCCUUCAACCUUGCUCUUGACCUAUGCAGGGUCGCUGAAAAUCGCAAGAUAGGCAGUUCUCUAUCUUUCUUGAUGUGGGUGAAACUGAGUGGCUCCUGGUUGCCCUAGAUGAUUUCUGGAGCAAACUCAGAGUCAGGCCUUCCUCUUGGCUUCGACGCUGGAAUAAGCAAGGAAGAAGAUCUCUCUCCCUCAUCCCCCUUGCUGUUUUCUGGGUGGUGUCGAGAGGAAGGAACAGAAGAGCCUUCAAAGGAACUAUUUCUCCUAUUUAGUCUGUCAUAGACCAGUGGAUUGCUAUGAUCUCUAGCUGGCAUUAUGGGAGGGACCUCUUUGUCGUCUGCAAUUUUCUUGACAUUUUUCAGAGCCUGCCCAAAAAAUUCAGUUAUCUCAAAUGAGGACUCAAUCCAUUUAUUUCUAAUUCAGUUGAUACCUAUCUGGAAGUAGUAAAAGAGCUAAAACCUGGGAUUGUUGGUCACGGGAAGGCUCUAUGACUGCAAUUGCAGAUGGUGUGUCCCCCGAGCUUUGAUCUUUGGAAGGUAAGAGAAAGAACCAAGGUAGGUGGAGAGUUGUAUUUUGAUGUGGAAGACCCGGGCUUCUGCAAUGACUGCAGCUGGAUUUAUGGCUAGGCUUGUGCUAGUGGUAAAUUAAUAUUUUUCUUGAUACCAUUAGCUGUAAUACAAUAUAUUUAUUUAUUUAUUUAUUUUUUUGGAAAAAAGGAAACGGAUCUUUCAUUUCACAUAGUUGGAAGGCCUGGCAAUUGUAGUGAAAUGAUGACCGAACUUUCUUUUUCCCUGAUCCUGUAUUUCCAUUUUCCACCUUAUCAUCGCCCAUUUCAUUAUGGCCGGCCAGACAGGCAUAAAGCUGGUUCCCUGAUAGGUUUGACUAGAGCAGAAAUUUGAAGUCCCGCCUCUAUUCUCGGAUGUAGUGGCAACAAGCAGAGUGUGCAGAUUUUAUCUUUCAGACUUGCUGAUUCAAUCACUUUCACCAAGUGUAUGGAUGCAAUUUCCUUUUGCUUCAGUAGUUUUCUGGUGACUACACCGUUUGUACCAUUAAGUCCACAGUUGAAGUUUCGGAUUAAUUGUAUAUCAUUUGCUCUCUACCAUAACAUUUGCUAAUUGGGAUUCAGUGAUUUUUCU